GACAUUCUAAUACUGCAGCAAUUCAACUGAGUUUAGGGUUGCCCCGUUGGCUACUGUACUUUGUUUACUUUAAAAUUAUUUAUUAUCACUCGAAAUGGUUGUCAGGCAAUACAACGAAGAAUUAAAGUACUUAGAGAAGAUAAACGAAACAUGUUGGAGGAUAAAGAAAGGCUUCCAACCUAAUAUGAAGGUUGAAGGUGUAUUUUAUGUAAAUAACACACUAGAACGGUUAAUGUUAGAAGAGCUACGUAAUUCGUGCAGACCAGGUGCAGUUGGGGGUUUUCUCCCAGGAGUGAAACAAAUUGCCAAUGUAGCUGCCCUUCCUGGAAUUGUAUGGAGAUCAGUUGGAUUGCCAGAUGUGCAUUCCGGGUAUGGUUUUGCCAUCGGUAAUAUGGCAGCAUUUGACAUGAAUGAUCCAAAGUCUAUAGUAUCUCCUGGUGGAGUAGGAUUUGAUAUAAAUUGUGGCGUUCGUCUAUUAAGAACUAAUUUAUUCGAAGAGGAUGUCUUACCUGUAAAGGAGCAACUUGCACAAAGCAUGUUUGAUCAUAUUCCUGUUGGCGUUGGUUCAAAAGGAAUCAUACCGAUGAAUGCACGGGACUUAGAGGAAGCUUUAGAAAUGGGAAUGGACUGGUCCCUUAGAGAAGGUUAUAUCUGGGCUGAAGACAAAGAACAUUGUGAGGAAUAUGGUAGAAUGCUUAACGCGGAUUCGUCAAAGGUGUCAAUGAGGGCUAAAAAACGUGGACUUCCUCAGUUGGGUACCUUAGGAGCAGGAAAUCAUUAUGCCGAGAUUCAAGUAGUAGAUGAAAUCUAUGAUAAAUGGGCUGCAUGCAAAAUGGGUAUCGAAGAGAAAGGUCAAAUUUGUGUAAUGAUUCAUUCCGGUAGCAGAGGAUUCGGUCAUCAGGUUGCAACUGACGCACUCGUUCAAAUGGAAAAAGCUAUGAAACGAGACAACAUCGAAACGAACGAUAGACAAUUAGCUUGCGCUCACAUUAAUUCUCAGGAAGGUCAAGAUUACUUGAAAUCAAUGGCAGCAGCUGCCAAUUUUGCAUGGGUCAACAGAAGUUCUAUGACGUUCCUCAGUCGACAGGCUUUUGCCAAGCAGUUCAAUUCAUCUCCCGAUGAUUUAGAUAUGCACGUUAUAUAUGACGUUUCUCAUAAUAUCGCAAAGGUGGAAGAACACUUGGUCGAGGGUAAACAGAAGACGCUUCUAGUGCAUAGAAAGGGAUCUACGAGAGCAUUUCCACCUCAUCAUCCUUUAAUUCCUGUAGACUAUCAGUUAACAGGACAACCAGUUUUGAUAGGCGGUACCAUGGGCACGUGCAGUUAUGUCCUUACUGGAACGGAACAGGGUAUGAAAGAAACGUUUGGAUCUACUUGUCAUGGCGCGGGCCGAGCUUUGUCUAGGGCCAAAUCGCGCAGGAACUUGGAUUAUAUGGAUGUGCUAGCAAAAUUAGAACAACAAGGAAUCUCUAUUAGGGUCGCUUCCCCGAAGUUGGUGAUGGAAGAGGCACCAGAAUCCUAUAAAAAUGUGACAGACGUUGUAAAUACGUGCCAUGCAGCAGGCAUUUCUCGAAAAUGUAUCAAGUUAAGGCCAAUUGCAGUUAUCAAAGGAUAAUUAUUUAAUUACAUUCUAACGAUUUUCAAAUGUCAUGAUCAUAAGCAUCACAUAUAUUUACUCAUAAUUGAACGUGAUCAUAGAUAUUUAAAACUAUCUUGUAUCUUUUGUAAAUGAUGUAAAUGUAAAAAAUUGUCUAAUGAAUUUAUAAUAGAAACCAAAUAUUUUUUGUUUUUUCGUAAUUUGCUUCGCUAAAAUUGGUACUAGUCUGCUUCCUUUUGUCAUAAACUAGCCUACUUUUUAAACUUUUUUUAAAUCUCGUAGUUUCACUUGUGAGUUUCCGCCAUUUUCGCUCAAAUGAAUAGCCAUCUAGCAGUGAACAGGCCGAACUAAUUUUCGGAGUUUGGUCAGCGCCUCUAAAAUAAUAUAUUCCAUUCUUAUAACACAAAAAAUCGUAUUAAUUACGCAUUCAUGAAAAAUAAAGCAUAAUUGAUUUAACAUAUCGGUGGCACCAUCUUACAGAAAGAGCGGGAACUAUUUUCACUACAAACUUGGACGUUCUUCCACCGAUGGAGCCACUAAUAC